AUGAAGUAUGGAGCAGAGUUAACUGUGGCUGUGCCAGACUGUGUGGAUCUGCUCCGAUCUAGUCGCAACACCAGACCAAGGCCCCGUCGUGUACACGAGGCUCGACGCGUCAGUGACCUUGGCAACAGAUUGGUCGCAGGCCUAUUGCCGGCGCAUUGCAGCAGCCCCUUUUCUUCGUGCAUCUCUGCGGCUGACGUCCGCAAGGCUUAUUUUAAGCCGACUACUUGUGAUGGUAGCGCCGGUAGAAAAACAAUUAAACUAAUCUUAUUCUGCGAGUUGGAUGGUUCGGUCUACGACUCGCCAUCAAUUUUGAUCCUUGCCACCAGCCUAGAGCCAGUCAUCAGUUUCGCGAACUUUUUGUCAGUCUCAAGUUUAUACGAAGAACUGUUGGUCUUCAAGGUCUCUUUUUGUGUAGUUUUCAAUUUCAAGGGCAUGUGUGUCUGA